CUGGAAACACAACGGGCUGGGCUUCGGUGACGGUGAGAGCGGGCCGCGCCUGCUUUCAAAAACAUGGCGGCAAAGCCAGCGAACAGACGAGAGCGUGGUGUGAUGACAGCGCAAAAGAGGAUGGCGGUCUUGUGAAGGUGUUUCGGCAAAAGCGAGCACACACACACUCUCUCUCUCUCUCUCUGUCGGUGGCCAGGGUAUGACUGACCGCGACACUACAGCCCUCCCUCCCCCCAUGUCUGUCUGUCUGGUUGGUCGGAAGCGAUGCUCCCUGCUACCUCCCAUAUCUACACCAUCACUCACUCACUCACUGAUGGCUCCCAAACACCACACACACAGGGCGAAAAGCAGAUAGACAGACUGAGAGACGGGCAUGCAAGCAUCAGGUGAGAGAGCGAAAGGGAGAGCAGGCCAGACACACACUCUCAAACACACACACAGAGCGAGAGAGAGAGAGAGAAAUAGACAAGACAUAUAGAGCUGCAGGCAGACAAGAGCGAGUGGUCGGACCGCUCUCUCCCCUCUCCUUCCCCUUGCCAUGCCGUGUGUUGCCGACCGCCCGAUGCCCCAAAAUGGUCGACGACAAGAAGCGCCUAGCGCUGGUUAAAUACGCCCACCCAGCCACCCAGCCGCCCACCCAUUCCCCUACCCCUAUGAUGGCAGCCGACAGGGCAGCGGUCACUACUCGUCCUUGUCUGCACACACACACACACACAACAACAACAAUAAUGACAACAGAGUGCACCCACGCAUGAUGGAUCGUCAUGUCGGCCGUGUGUGCGUGUCGUGCUACCGGUCCGUGCUUUGUCGAAGUCCUCCUUCCUCUUGUGUGAGAUCUGACCGACGCAUCAGCAUCACACACGCAAUGCAUCCAUCAACAGGACCAGGGCAUGAACAUGAAUACGACUCACACACCCGUCAGGUGUCUACCAUUUGGUUGACGACCGAGCCGAAUGUCUUGUCGAGUUUCUCGACCAUCAUCUCGUCGGCCAUCUUGUGUGGCUUCUCCAGAAACUUGUACCACAGAAACGCAGCACCCUGACUCACGGGGAGGCACACACACAGAAAGGAGGGGAUGGAAUACGUCCCUUUUCUGCUGGUCUGGGUGCGAUGAGUCGUGUCCAUUCACCUGGAACUCAGGGUGGAUGAGCCAGAGGAAGGCCAGCACCUUCAGCUCCGAAUACAGAGGGAAGCUGCACACACACAGACAGGCACAAGACACACGCACAGACACACACACAUCCAUGGUUGGCUUCUCCUUUGCGCGUGUGGCUGUGUGUGUGUGUGUGUGUUACUAAGGAAUAAGGAAGAAGAUGAGGUUUCUCUCGACGAAUGUGUAGAGGAGGUAGAUGACCCAGUAUAUCGUCCACUGCACUAUCUUGGUCUCGCCCUUCUCGCCCUUGACCAGCAUCUGAAACGUGCAGGCCGCCGGCCACACCAACUGCACUCCCACGCUGAACACACACACACACCACACACACGAUGGAUGAGUGCUUGCCCCUCGCCAUGGCUCUUUUGUGUUGCCGCGGAGGGCUCACCCGAGGAGGCCAAUGAAAGGCACGACGGACAGCAUCGUCGAUGCACAGAAGCUCAAAUUUCGGAACGGCGCUGCUCCCAAGCACCACGAGAGACCACCAAAGCUCCGAGCUCUCC